GUCUAAUUACGUACGCUGUCUUCUUCAUGGUUUCAACUUCCCGGAGGAUUGUCAGGAUCAUGGGAGCUUUGGUGUAGUGCUUGCGAGGUAGCAUUCACUAUCCAACCUUCGCACUUUCCGGAUCCAAGUCUGUACACAUGCAAUGAUUUUAAAGAUAUGCAGCCAAGACUCAAGCUAGGGAGAGGUGGAAAGAAAUGCGUUGAUCAUUUACCAUCUGCCUCACUGUAGCACACCAAGGCACUGCCGCUGACGUUCGAUCAAGGCAGCCGGAGCUCGCACACUUCUCGGUGUGCUCUCCGCUAGGAGUUCCAAAGGGGCCAAUGUAAUAUCAAUGUGCUGCUGACUGUUGGUGAUACUCAUGCUGCAGAUUAUAAAAAAGCACGCUGCUCUCAGACUCGAUGUAGGAUUUCCAUUGUUGUGACGUCGACGCAUCUUCGCUAUGGCGAUCUCAACUCUCAAUGUCUUUCGUGGCCCGGAGUCCGUGGCUCAGUAUUUUGAUCCUGAUUACAAUCCUCCUCUGCCUUUGAUUGAGAUUCCCGAUCGUCUCAAUCCGCUUAGGGGGGACAAUGUUCGGAUUUAUGCUAAGAUGCUUACUUGUCUGCCGGCCCAGAAUGUCAAGUCAUUGCCAGCCUUACACAUGUUGCGCAAUGAACCCAAAGCCAGGGAUUUGAAGAUAGCGGAGGCGAGUUCAGGGUCUACAAUCUUGUCUUUAGGUAUCAUUGCUCGAGUGUUGUGGGGAAAAGAGGACGUGGAAGCACAUGUUACAAACAAAAAGUCCCCCGAGUCAUUGAAUCUAUUGCGAUUCUUUGGUAUAAAACCAUGUUUAUUUGGCGGACUGGCUCAGCAGGAACCCACUGAUCCAGCAGGCAUAAUGGAACGGUUGCGAAGAAAAGCCGAGGAAAGAGACGAUAUGGUUUAUUUGGGCCAAUAUCACAAUGACAACAAUUGGAAAGCACAUGAAGCGUGGACUGGCCCGCAAAUACUCCGACAGCUUCCAGAAAUCAACGUCUUUAGUACCACAGUUGGGACAGGAGGUUGUAUAGCCGGCACUGGAGUGUAUCUGAAAUCGCAGAAACCAUCGACCCAAGUUCUAGGUGUCUUCAACGUUGCCGGAGAUCCUGUACCAGGUCCAAGAUACUACGAAGGAUUUCAAAGCUCCCCUUUUCCAUGGCAAGGUACGAUCGAUUCACGCGUGGAAGUGACAUCAGCAAGCGCGUAUCGCCUAUCAAUGAGACUCUCACGAGAAGGCCUUAUAUGUGGCCCAUCUUCGGGCGAAGCACUACAGGGUUUGUUGCAAUAUCUCAUUGAAAGAAAACAAUCUGGUACUCUGGGAGAGUUAGUUGAUGAAAAGACCAAGGAGAUAUCUUGCGUUUUCACCUGCUCCGACCUGCCAUACCAGUACCUCCCAGCAUAUUUUGAGAAACUUGGCGACGAGGAGUUUCCUUCGAUCGAGAAUGAGAUAUUAUUGCAAUGCGACCAGGACAAACAUGAUUUACGGUGGAUAUUGAACAGCAGGCAGGCAGCUGCAUUGCUCAAUGCUAAUUCUGAUGCCAUACUGGAGAAGGACCAAGAACUCGAAAUCACAGUUCAACCGUGUAGCACGCCUCGUACAGAUGUCACUGAUGAGCCUACCCGGCGUGGUGGAAUAUCACGAUAUCUCGGUGGUUUCUGCGGCUUUUGGCGCAUUCGCAAACAAGCACCUCGACUCGAAAAAGCGUUGCCAGUACAGCCACAACUACUGCCAAUGGAUUCGACGAUGAUUUUAGAUCUUCGUCGCGAUAUUGAUUUCAAGCAAGGCCACGUAUCCGCAUCGACCUCGGCACCUUUAUCGGGUCUUGUUCCAGAUCUAGCGGGCGGAGACCUGUUUGGAGAUCCAAACGCCGUCCAUAUGGUUUGGACGCAAACACAAGAAUGGCUUCGAGGUUCCAGACUCUCGAAGGUCCUAUUUAGUGCUGCAAGGAACCAACAGAGAGUCCUCGUAGUUUGCUAUGAUGGUUUUGCGUCCCAAAUAGUCUGCUCGGCCCUGAGGAAAAAGGGACUGGAGGCGUUCAGUGUGGAGGGAGGUUUCCCAGCGCUCUGGGGCCAGUUCCGUAGACAGGAAAAUGAGUGAAUUCUACGGCUUCAUUUGCCAGACCAUAAUUCGAAAAGGGCAAUGAUCCGUUACCGAACUAUCAGAGUUCCCGAAACGCCCGUCUCCACCGAGCCGCCGUCACGAUAAUCGGCAUAUAUUUGCUCAAGGAACAAAAUUCGGCCAUACUAAUUGCUAUUGCGCAAUAUUGCGAGGCGCACACCAUGUAUGUACUUGGUUUGGUCAUCUGAGACCUUCAGACCACUGCGUCUUUACCCGCAGAAUCAAUUGUAUGUAGUCUGAAAAUAAGUGCAAGUGGGGAUCGCGCGGGCCGCGCCGAACCCUUUGAAUCUAAUCAAAGUCUAAAC